AUGUGCGGUGAAGAAGAAACCACCGACCGAGUUGGAGCUUCUGGUCUGUAUCCAAAACACGAAAAUGGAAAAUCUGGUGGAUACGACGGAAUUAGCGCAAAAAUGCUGAAAUAUCUUCCUCCGUCUGGGAUUCGUGAGAUGACAAAGAUCAUCCAUUCAAUAUGGAUAGACGAAAUCAUACCUGACUCGUGGAGACACGCUAUCAUAAUUCCCCUCCACAAGAGGUUAUCCGUCACGGACCCUAGGAAUUAUCGAGGAAUUUCUUUGCUGCGUGUUAUGUACAAGGUAUUAGAGCAGAUUAUCCUGGACCGACUCAUUAAACAUGGCAAAGAAACAACGCGCGACGAGAAAGCUGGCUUUCGUCCUGGCCGAUCUACGAUUGACAAGAUGUUCAUCGUCAGGAGACUGAUCAAAAUCUGA